CUUGAACGUCGAUUUACUAAAAGACGUAAGUAUAUUCGAAUUUCUGUGCACAGUAUGCCAGGAUUUUUUACGCGUAUUCCAUUUUAAAAUACAAAGAUACGAUGUGUAUGGUAUCACGUUAAAUCUUAACGAAGCAACAGGCUUAUCGUCAUUGACAUUGAUUUUUAUCGAAAUGAUAAAUGACGCACGGAAAAAAUACAAAUAAAUUAAACAUUUACAUUGCAUUCGUAUAAAAAUUUUGGCGUUAAUAUGCAACUUUCUACAAGACAAUGCCAUGGAUUGCUGUUAUCCCAAUAGAGAUGGAAGUUCCAAAACUGAGAAAGAGUUUGCGAACAUCUCUAGUCCAGAGAUGUUCGACAGUGAUAAUGAUGAUGACAAAAAGAACAAUGAACCACUAGCACAUGAAGUACCAGUGAUAGCUAGUCCCCAAAAACCUUCUCAAGCUGACUUAAUUGCUACAUCUGAUAACAAUUUAUUAGGAAAAAUUAACAAACUUUUAAGUGGUGUACCUCCACCACCCAAGUUCACAAUUUGCAGAACAGACUGUUCAGAAUUAUUAUUACGCAUUUAUGAGAAUCAACAUCUAUUUUGGACACCAUGUGUUUUAUCAAACAAACAGGUGCAACAAGAUCUAAAUGCAGAAUCCCUAGAACAGCAGAAAGAAAAUAUUAGUACAAAUAAUUCUUAUCAACGUACCAAAAGCACAUCUAGAAAUUUAAGUACUGCUUUUGACGCUUGUGAUCCACAAUAUCAAAGUAAUAUUAGUAAUAAUAUAGAUACAAUAGGCUUAAAAAAUAACACUUGCAGUGAUAAUUUUAGAAUAGAGGAAAUAGUUCCUAACAAUGAGAAAAGCAUAGUCAAUGCUAGUGCAAGUGGAACAAAAGUUUUAAACCCUGAACAGGUACAAGAAACUGUAACUGAGAAUAAAACAAAACAAGUGUCUUUUCCUUCUAUACAAAGACAAUCAUUACUUUAUGACACUAUUGAUGAAAAGGGAGCUACCUCUUUGAAGUGGCCUGAAGUAUAUCAUCACAAAUUUCAUGGAAUCCAUUAUAACAGGAACAAAGCAAUUGAGGAAUUUGAAGGUCUCACGCCAAAAUUAUGUGAAAGGUAUAUAGGGGCUGAAACCCAAUCCACUUGUACUGUAUGGUUCUCUAAACCAGCACCAAGCAGUGCCAAAAAACGAAAUCUUUUGGCCAAACGUAAUAACGGCCAAAGUCCAGGAAAAAGAUUAAGUCAUUUAACAAGAAGGCGGAAAGUAUUCUCUAGUGCAAAUUUGCAAGGAUUAGCAGUGAACAAUAAGAAGCUUGUAGUAUUAAAUAUUAAAAAACCCACUAUUAAAAAAGGCAAAAGUCCCAGAGGGAAAAGUCCAAGGGGUAAAAGUCCACGAGGUAAAAGCCCGAGGGGAACUCCCAGGAGUUCGACGAAAAAACGAAUAGCUCGACGGCUCAUUUUGGAUGGACCCAGUCCAUUGAUGUCCAAAAUCGAAACAUCAAAACGCGCUCUUUUUCAAAGUCCUCCGCCUCUGGAUCGAGCUGGUCCAAGCAAGUUGUUAACAAGUGGGUCAAAUCUCCAAAACAUUAAGCGUGUUUUAUUUACGCAGAAUACAAAGGAGGAGGAUUCUCAAGGCGCUCAAAAGGUAGUCCUUGAAGAAUCGAGAAAAAGGAAAAGCGAAGAAGAAUUAGAAAGGCCGCAGUGCAAAUGGGCGAAGAGUUUGUCUUUCGAUUGUUCUCACGAACUACAUAAUAACACGGGUCCUUCGUGGGAUCGACAUUCAUCUGGUAAUGUAAUUGAAAAGACCAAGCCAUCCUUAGCCGAAAGUAGAAACGAGCUUAGUGAUAACCAUAGAAAGAAAUUACUAUGGGCGGUAGCGGAAGCUUUACGAAGUAAGGGAAUAGGUAUGACUCAUCCACAAUUCAAGCAGUAUGCUACAAAUUUGGCGCGAACCAUAAAGAAACUUAUGCCUGAUCUUGACAAUAAGAAUAUUCCCCGCAAGCCAGGGAGUACAAGUGAUCGUAUGUUAAAAUUAGCAAAACAUCACGUCCUUUUUGUGAUGGAUGCAAGACCAACGGAUUAACAAUACUCAUUGAUAUAGGCGAGAGAAAUUGACUAAACUUUGCGUAAGGUUCGUUAUUUAUCGCAGAAAUCAAUGCACAAACAUUGGUAUUCGUAUG